AUGCAUAUUACUAUCUACUACGCAAUUCUCCUUUUGUUGGGUGUAGGGUGUUUUGAAGCAACGUACAAGUCACAGAGUGGUUGUGGCUAUGGAUCAUGCAAUCUGGGUCAAACAAAUAAACUUAAUGUUCACAUAGUACCACACACACAUGACGAUGUCGGUUGGCUUAAAACCAUUGAUCAAUAUUAUUAUGGAUCUCGCAAUAACAUUCAGCAUGCGAGUGUUCAAUAUAUUCUCGAUUCAAUCAUCGAAGCAUUAGUAAAGAACCCAGAACGACGUUUUAUCUAUGUUGAAAUAGCCUUUUUUUGGCGUUGGUGGAAUGAACAAUCGAACGAUACACGGAAGGUUGUUAAAGAGCUCGUAAAUGGCGGUCGUCUUGAAUUUAUUUCUGGUGGUUGGUGUAUGCAUGAUGAAGCAACAACACAUUACAAUUCAAUCAUUGAUCAGCACAGUUUAGGAGCUGAGUUUUUGCGGGAUCAAUUUGGUAAUUGUGCUCGACCGAAAAUUGCCUGGCAAAUUGACCCCUUCGGGCAUUCACGCGAAGCUGCAUCACUUUUUGCACAGAUGGGCUUCGAUGGUCUGUUUUUUGCACGACUUGAUUAUCAAGAUGAAGAUCGACGUAAUCAAACAAAAACGAUGGAACUAGUUUGGAAGGGCAGUGCCAAUCUAGACCGUCAGAGUUGGUUAUUUACAAGUAUUUUAUCGAAUUUUUAUGAUCCACCAGACACAUUCUGCUUCGAUUCAUCUUGUCAAGAUCAACCCAUUAUAGAUGAUCCACGUUUACAUGAUUACAAUGUUCCUGAACGUGUUCAAGCAUUUAUCAAUGCUGCACAUGAUCAAGCACGAGGUUUUGUUACUAAUCAUAUCAUAAUGACAAUGGGUCGUGAUUUUCAAUAUGAAAAUGCAAAUACAUGGUUCAAAAACUUGGAUAAAUUGAUUAAAUAUGUCAAUGCUCAACAAGUGAAUGGUAGUGAUGUUAAUGUAUUCUAUUCAACACCAUCAUGUUACAUAUAUGCAUUGAACAAAGUUGGUAGAGAAUGGACAUCGAAAAUUGAUGAUUUUCUUCCCUAUGGAGAUACUCCACAUGGAUUUUGGACAGGUUUUUAUACUUCACGACCUGCGUUCAAACGUUAUGAACGAUAUGCAAAUAAUAUUCUUCAAGCUACACGUCAACUCAAUGCAUUUUCACAAAUAAAUUUACGAAAUAGAAUCUUUUAUUUGAGUGAAGCAAUGGGUAUUGCUCAACAUCAUGAUGCAAUUAGUGGAACAGAGAAACAACAUGUUGCUGAUGAUUAUAUUCAACGAUUAUCUUAUGGAAUAGAUAUAGCUGAGGACGUAAUUAAUAAUGCUUACGCUAAAUUAUUGCCGAAAGAAAAUAAAUUAUCAAUGACACCAACUCAAUUUCUUUGUGAAUAUUUAAACAUUAGCGAAUGUUUACCUAUCGAAGAGCAGAAAGAAUUUACAUUGACACUUUGGAAUCCAACCAUUCAUCCCGUUACUCAUCAUGUGCGUAUACCUAUUACAAAAGAAUAUUUGAUUCGCGAUCCAACAGGAAGUAUUGUAUCAGCUGAAUAUCUUCCAAUUUCCAAUAUGACACAAAACAUUCCUGGUCGAAACAGUUCUGCUCAAAAUCAGUACAUAUUCACGGCUCAACUACCUGCUCUUGGUUUUAGCACUUAUUAUUUUGAAGCUAAAAGCAGUAAGAAGGAGAAAACUGAAAAAGAGAAGGUACGAAAGGAAACGUGCUAUCUGGAGAACGAAAAUCUUCGAAUAGAAUUCGAUGAUCAAGGCAAUCUACGUAAAAUCAUUAAUUUGAAAAAGCAUAUUUCAGUACGAUUUAUCACACAGGGUUUCUAUUGGUAUUCAAGCUUUCCCGGCAAUAAUUCUGCUGAAGAAUUUCAAGCAUCUGGAGCCUAUGUUUUCAGACCGUUGACAUCGGAAGUACGACCUGUGAGCACUACUCGUACUAUAACAUGUAUAAAAACGAAAACAGUACAAUCGGCAUUAAUUGUAUUUAAUGAAUGGGCCAGUCAAGAAAUACAUCUUUUUCAAGGAAUGUCAUCCAUUGAAAUGCAAUGGACAGUCGGACCUAUUCCGAUUGAUGAUAAUAUUGGUAAAGAGAUCAUCGUACGGUAUGAUACUGACAUCGAUAGUGCAUCGAAAUAUUACACGGAUGCUAAUGGACGUGAAGUACUUGAACGAAUACGUAAUUAUCGACCAACAUGGAACUAUUCUAUUAUCGAAAAUGUUAGUGGCAAUUAUUAUCCAAUCAAUAGUCGCAUUUGGAUUCGAGAUAGUACACGGCAGUUGACUAUACUUACGGAUCGAUCUGAAGGAGGUGGAAGUAUUUACGACGGUUCAAUCGAAAUUAUGAUUCAUCGCCGUUUAGUCCACGAUGAUUCAGAAGGUGUUGAUGAACCGUUAAAUGAGACAGCUUUUGGUAAAGGUCUUGUAGUACGUGGUAAACAUUUUCUCAUUCUCGAAUCACCUGCUAAUAGUGCUCUUGCUCAUCGAGUCGAUGCUCAACAAUUGUUUAUGAAUCCUAUUGCUACAUUUGCGUUGCCUCAAAUAUCUUAUACAAAAUAUUCCAGUAUUUAUCGUCAAACAUGGUCUGCUCUAUCGGAAAACAUGCCACUCAAUGUUCAUUUAUUAACACUUGAUCAAUUGAAUCCUAAACAAUAUCUUCUCCGUAUUGAGCAUUAUUUUGAAUUGAACGAAGAUGAAACCUAUUCACACCCGGUUAAAAUUGAUCUACAAACAAUAUUUCAAAGUCUCGGUACAAUUACUGGUCUAAUUGAAUUGACACUUGCUGCCAAUUUUCCUCUGUCUCAAUUGCAACGACUUGACUGGAUAACAACUGAUAAACAAUCAUCACAUGUUGAUGUUUCAUCUGAGCAAUUUUUAUUAAAAGAUACAAUAGUCAUACUCAAUCCAAUGCAAAUUAAAACAUUUCAAGUUACAUUGUGA